AUGCCUCUGAACCCCUCCGCCCUCGCCCCAAGCGGCUUCGACUUCCUCUCCUUCUCAUCCCGAAGAUCAGUAGUCCACAGCACAAAAGGCAUUGUAGCCUGUACACAGCCUCUGGCAGCAAGAUGUGGUAUCGAAAUCCUCCAGAAGGGCGGCAACUGUGCAGACGCCGCCGUGGCAGUAGCAGCAGGUCUGAACUUGACAGAGCCAGGAAGCACAGGCAUUGGUGGUGACAUGUUCUGUCUGCUCUAUAACGCGAAGACGAAGAAAGUGCAUGCCAUGAAUGGAUCGGGUAGAGCUGGUGGGAAGUGCACUCUGGAGACGAUUAGAAAGAGUUUGGGAUUGAAGGAUGGGCAGUUCGGAGCUAUACCGACUACGAGUGUGCAUGCCGUGUCUGUGCCGGGUGCUGCGGCGGGUUGGGUUGAUACUGUUGAGAAGUUCGGAAGCGGGAAGGUCACUCUUGCAGAAGUACUGGAACCUGCGGCGAAGAUGGGCGAGGAAGGUUUCCCUGUUAGUGAGAUCAUGAGUAGCUAUUGGCAGGAGAAGGAGGACGGCAUUAAACAGGCUUCGCCUAACUUUGCCGAAAUGCUGAAGAAGGACCCUCAAGCAAAGGAUGGAUGUAGAGCGCCACGGCCUGGCGAGAUCAUGAAGAACCCAACACUGGCCAACACCUUCCGCUUGGUAGGCAAGCAGGGCAAGGCAGGCUUCUAUUCCGGCACUGUCGCAGAAGAGCUAGUCAAAGUCGUUCAAGACUUAGGCGGACACCUCACUCUCGAUGAUCUCAAGAACCACAUGGAUUUGGGUACGGAAGAGGUAGAUGCGAUCAGCCUGAAGUUCAAAGCCCAAGACAUCGCCUCUUCCCAUGGCAAGCACAUGCACGACUACAGCUCCGAAGGCGUCGAGCUCUGGGAGCACCCGCCCAACGGUCAAGGUAUCGUAGCUCUUAUGGCAUUGGGCAUCAUCGAAGAACUGGAAAAGUCCGGCAAGAUCCAGAAAUUCUCUCGCAAGGACCACAACUCAGCACCCUAUAUCCACGCCAUUGUCGAAGCGCUCCGGAUAGCUUUUGCGGACGGCAACUGGUUCAUCGCCGAUCCCAACGUCUCCAAGGUUCCGUCCAAGGACCUCAUCUCGCCGGAAUAUCUCGCCGAGCGAGCAAAACUGUUCAACCCAGACAAAUGCACGCCGCCCCUCGACCACGGAUCUCCAGCUCACAGGUCCUCGGACACCGUCUACUUCGCUUGCACAGAUAGCGAAGGCAACGGAAUCUCGUUUAUCAACUCCAACUAUGCUGGUUUCGGCACCUGCAUCAUUCCCAAGGGAUGCGGAUUCACUCUGCAGAACCGCGCGGCUAACUUCGCAUUACAGCCAGCUGAUCACCCAAACCUCCUGGCUCCGAACAAGAGGCCUUACCACACCAUCAUCCCCGCCUUGAUUACGAACGUCAGCGACCAGAGUCUGCACAGCGUCUACGGCGUAAUGGGAGGCUUCAUGCAACCGCAAGGUCACGUCCAAGUACUCAUGAACCAACUCGUGUUCGGCUACAGUCCACAGGCAGCACUUGAUGCGCCGAGGAUAUGCAUCGGCGCUGGAAUGCCAGAUGCGGGAGAUGUAAUGGACCGGACUGUAUAUCUCGAGGAUGGCAUUUCAGAUAAAGCAGUGGAGGGUUUGAAGAAGCUCGGACAUAAGGUUGAGGUGGUGAAGGGUGGCAGUAGGAGUUUGUUCGGACGCGGACAGGUCAUAAGGUGGCAUAAGGAUCCCGUCGAGGAUCAAGGUGUUUGGAGUGCUGGCAGUGAUCCUAGGGGCGAUGGACAUGCUGUGCCGUUGUGA